UUUCACUGUACACAAAUCGAGAGAGAGAACCUAUAUACUUUGUCAUGAGUGAGGCACUGUAGUGUAGGGUCAGAGUGUUAACGGUGGAGGGACUAAAUAAUGGUGGUAGCACUGUCAAAGGGUAAACCAAGAAAGACUGGGACAAUGGAACAUCUCUGGAUCGGCGUCACUCAUCCGAGCUCGGAACAUUCAUUGAUUCGUCUGACAACAAAAUAUUGCGCGCGUCUCCCCGUCAUAAUAUAUCUUAUACUAAAAAGUACUAAUAGCAACAUCAAUAUUCGUAUAGCCGACCGGUGAUUGUAAGACUUCCAUAGUUUGACUCCGGACUAUAACGAUUAGAUUCUAGAUCGUCUAAAUAAUAUAUUAUAUCGAUCGCGUUCAUGAUGUCAUCAUCACAGCUGUGUGAGUAUCACGUGCUUGGCAAAUGUCGGUUCGGCAACAAGUGUCGGAAUUCUCACGACUUGGGAGCUUAUUUGAGUCGAGAGCUUUUGAAUAUAGAAACACAUUUAUCAGCAUCACCUUUUCCACUUACGGGCUCUGGAAUAUUUCAAAAUGGUAUAAGUGCACUAACGGCUGAAUUUGAAGGUUACCAACGUCAAAUCGAAAGCGAAAGAGCCAUGAAACCAAUAUUAAGACAACCUGACAAUGCUAAAGUAGCAAUAGAAAAUGCGGUAAAAGAACUUUCUGUGGCAAAGGAAACAGAAAAGGGCAUUAGCGUAGAAGAGAAUGCGAAUAAUUUACAUGUACUUGAUCAAAAAAAGAUGAAAGAAAAUACUGAAAAAACUGGUGCUGAGUGGAACAAUAUUAUACUGUCUGCUGUUGACAGUAAUUUACUGUGCAAUAUCUGUUUUGAAAUCUUUAUUAAGCCGACAGUGGUUAACUGUUCACACACAUUUUGUGAAUCGUGCAUUCAUGUCUGGACGCUCCGUGUCAAAAAUUGUCCAAUUUGUCGUGUGGAAGUUAAAACAAAAUCGUAUUGUUUAACUUUGGAAAGCUUCAUAGAGAAGAUUGUUGAACAUUUACCGAUAGAAAUUAAAAACAAGCGUGAAGCAGCAAUAAAAGAGCGUAGCAAGAAGAGAAACAAAAGACCUCGACGAGCUAACCGUAGAGCAACUAGUAGUGCUCUUUCUGGAUUCAUGUAUAUGGACCGGCAGGCAGAGGUUCCCAUACCACCACCGCAGUUUGAGGUGGAACAAUCCACUAAUGCCAGUCCAGACUCAAUGCUUUUCAACGUAGUAGAAAUGUUCAGAAUGAAUUUUGAUGCAGUUGAAAAUAGACAUGUAAACCUUCCUGCCACAAUGCCUGAUUUUGCUACUUCCGAGACCUAUUAUACAGAUACGAUGCAUAACCCUUCUGCUCGUCACUAAAUUCAGGCACUUCAUAAUUUUAUUUUUAUUAUUAUUUAAGCAAUGGACAUUAUGAUGAUUUUAAAGUUUUGUAAAAGGGAGGAGGGGGUCAGUAGUAAGAACUUAUAAAAAACCUUGCCUUAAAAUAAAUGUUAAAAUAAAAUGAUUUAAUGUAACAAGUAACGUAAUUUAAAUACUUUUCAAAAAUAAUUUAUCCAACACUGCGUGGGUAAACAUAUUUAAUACAUCCAUGAUUCAUGUGAUUGAAAUUAUCAUAAGAUUUUUUUCACAAUAUUCUAAUCUGAUUUACAUAUUUCACUAACUUAAUUGUUCUUUAUGUCUUCAUGAUUAUGUAUUAUAAUUCUAAAGUCAUCUCAAUAUAACUAGAUUUCUUUUAUGAAUAUGAAUAAAAGUAUUAUAUAGGCUUUUUCUAAAAAAGAUUAUUUGUACAACUUGCUAUCUGAUCCCCACGUCCCCUCUUGAAUAUGUCUCUGUCAAUAUCUAUAAUUAUUUAUCACUUACACAUUUGAUUUAAAAGUAAAGUAAAUACACAUCUAUUUAUCAGUUAUUAAUAUUAUUUUAUUGUUCUAAGUCUUAUUGUGUUUUAAUGCCAUGCCAUUUUAUUUAUAUUUGUAUAUUAUACAUUUAUACUGUUUCAAUCGCACAUUAAUUGGGUACACUUUAAAGAUCAUUGCAUUUAUAUUAAGAAACACAACAUACUAUCAAUAGUUUGAUAUAAAAGUGAAUAAAAGAAAAUUUGAGUUACUUCUGACUAAUUCUACUUAAAUAAAUUUAAUGUGAAACUAUUUCACAUUGUUAAUUACACGCAUAAUGCGUUUUUAACUUCUUUUUUUACAUUUCUUUAAUUUUUUUUUUUCUUACCUGCAUAGGUACCAAAAUAAUAAAUAUACACUGUAACUACUGUUGUAUCUUACAGUUUCUAUUGAGAUCAUGUAAUUAAUGAGGUAAAUCAAAUGUCAGAUUAUUUUUUAGAAAAUCCCUUUAUUUAACUUUCUACCUACCUAACAUGAAUAUCACAUAUUAUGGUUGCUUUUUGACUUAAUGUCUCUAAAAAGUGGAUAAGAGGAUUUUAAUCAUAAUAUAUUAUGUAAGAGUAAUUUUAAAUGUUAGUAUAAUUAUGUGUCUUAUAGUAAUGGUGUGAUAUUAGCUCUGUCCAUAUUGAAGAUUUAUCAAAAUAUAUUUUAUGAUAUAUAUUUAAAAUUUAAUAACCAAAAGAAGUAACUACUGAAAGACGUUAUAAAGUUGGGUGCUUAUUGCAAUUUAUUGUUCAUAAAUAUAAAAUAAUAUAGGAGAAUUAAUUGUUCAAUGUACUUACACAUUACUCAUAAUAUUUAUACAGCAAUUAUUUAGAUAUAAUAUUUUAUUUCCAACUAUUUAUUUUUUUAUGAACAAAAUAUGUAUAGAUCCAGUUAAAAAUAUUUUAUUAUGUGUGUAAGCUUAUAGUUACUGUAAGGAUUUCCAUACCAUAUAUGUGGAAAAUUGUAAGACUAUUAAAAAUAUUAAGAAUAAAAGCUUAAUCAGUUCA